GCCAUGACUGCCACCUUCGCCUCCGCGGGCCUGCAACGGAAGAUCGCGAUCGUUACAGGCGCCUCGUCCGGGAUCGGUCGUGCUACCGCUAUCGCGCUGGCGGGAGCGGGAUGGACUCUCAUGUUGACUGCUCGUCGCGAGGCCGAGCUUGCGGAGACCGCCAAGCUUGCGAGAGCAAUCUCUACGAUCUCAGGAGUAGAGACAAUAUACUUGGAAGGCGACAUCACCGACGAAACAUUCGUACGCAAGCUUUUCGACGAUACCGUUGCCCAGUUUGGGAGGGUGGAUCUAUUGUUCAAUAACGCAGGUAUCAUCGCACCACAAGUGCCGAUUGACGAGCUUCCCGUCUCGGCUUUCAAGAGCGUCAUCAACGUGAACCUCAUCGCCGCGUUCAUGUGCACUCGCGAAGCUUUCAGAGUGAUGAAAGCCCAGAACCCUUCCGGCGGUAGAAUCAUAAACAACGGGUCCCUCUCGGCACAUGUACCUCGUCCACACACCGCGCCGUACACGAUUUCCAAGCACGCGAUCACUGGACUGACCAAGUCAACCUCUCUGGACGGACGAUCGCACGGCAUCGCCUGCACACAGAUUGACAUUGGUCCUACACGCACUGAACUGGCGGCCGGCAUUGACGUCGGUGCUCUGCAAGCCAACGGCAGCGUCGUGGCCGAGCCCAUGAUCGACGUUCGCAAUGUGGCAGACUCUAUAGUCCACAUCGCGUCGUUGCCUACGGAUGUCACUGUCUUGACGUUCAAUAUCAUGCCGACCACAUCUCCCUUCGUUGGACGUGGAUGAUGGGGCCUGGGCCACAUGCGUACAUCUUUCGACAUUCAUGCUGCCCCUUGAGAUGUCUCCUGCAACCUGUUUUACAUCGACAGUCCAUCAAACCAUGGUUGAUGAUCAGCUUUGUACAGCUAUAUGCUGACCGAUAACUCAUAGCGAGCAUGGGGAGUGUGAGGAUGGUAGCAGGUCGUCGCUGUUACACGAUCAAAGCAGAUGUGCAUCGGUUCAACGGCCUCCGAUCCAUGAUCCAACAACCGUCUCGAUCAUAACCCAUGGCACCUCGUCAUACGACAGUAGCUACGAAUCGUAGCUAUACCAAAUUCAACCAAAAACCCUACUGUGUAUGAACAAGCAGGGCCAGCCCAAAUGAAAUCCGUUAAGUGCGACAGUCGCUCGUCGGACGACGAGGCUGCCUAGGCUAUGAUAAGGAGUCCGUGCUGGGGCGGGGUCCGUGCGGCAAGAGCAUUACUGGGGACAUGAAAUAAUGGUGUCAAGCAACAUAAUAACAUAGAUGGAUAGUGUGGUCGUUCGACCGCAGGGCAACAACAGAAAGGACAGAGGAUUGAAGCGAGAGCGUCCGGUCGUCCGAUCAUUUCCCGAGACAGAGGGAGGAAAAUCAUCACAUUUCAGAGAGCGAGGGAACAACGACGAAAGCCUUAGAGGGCGUGGUCGCGGAUCUGCUUGCGGCGGCGGUGCGCGGUGGAGUUGGCGGCGACGCAGUUCUUGCCGUCGUCGGAGAGGGCAAAGCCGGCGGCGCACGCCUCGAUGAUGCACGCGCCGUUCGCGCAGCUGACCGCGUCCACGUUCGGGAUCGCGGAGCAGUCGCGGCCGCCGUCGAGGCUCGCCUCGAGCGGGUUGGCGGCGUUCACGCAGCCGCCGCAGGACUCGAGGUCGUUCGUGACGUCGACGCACUCGUAGGUGGAGAGCACGGCGGCGGAGCCGAUGCCGGUGUAGACGGGGCACGACUUCCAGCCGGAGCGGCACUGCUUCACGAGGGGGAUGUUGCGCUUCCAGGCAGAAGGAGUGGGUCCCGAGGUGAUGGGGCAAGUUCCAUCAGAGUGGUGGAAGGCGCUUCCCAUGGCGCCAGGCUGGGCCUUGCAGGAGCCAGGGGAGUUUGAACCAGGAGAGCAGUAGCCACGCUCGUGGCCACCCUGCGGCGGGCAUGACUCGCAGGAGCUCGAACCUUCGAAAAUGCUGUACCAGCCAGCAGGGCAUUGGCAACACUCCGGAGAACCGUGAAUGCCGGUGAAGUGGCCAGGAGGGCACUUGGACGGGCCGGAGCAACCCUCUCCGGGGGCGUGCCAGCCAGGUGGGGCGGCGACGCAGUUGGUCGCACCGAAGUUAGACUGGUAGUAUCCGGGGGGGCACUUGGCGCAAGGCGCGUGGCCGUUGACACUGUAGGAACCAGGAGGGCAAGCAGGAGUCUGCUGUCCACUGCCAGGGCCGUAGUGCCUCAGGUGCAGACCAGAGGACAUUUCGGGCACGGCGACUGCCGGCGAAGCGACAGCGAGCACAGAGACGAACAGAACGGCGAGGCGAGCGAAGGAGGCAGACAUGAUUAUUUGCUGUAAGACGACGCUCUAAGAAACGAAGGACGAGAGCUGAAAAGCCUCAGUCUAGUAUGAGGGG